AGCUCUACGAUUGGGUUCCAAUGAGUGAUGCUGAGUUUCAUGUCAUUCAUAGAUUAGUAAAUGUUAAAUGUGUUACCCUACGGGUUUUGACUACAAACUGGAGGGAGUUACAAAGGUGCCAUGGGUUUGCGAAAAUUAAAAAAAUUAAUUUUCAAUUCCUUUAAAUUUGAAUCUGCUACUAGUGACUUUUAAUGCCUCUAAAUCUAUAGGUAGAUUAUAUUUUUUAUCGGCAGUAUGAAACCGCAACUAAAAUUUGUAUUGUUUAUUUUAAUUACAUUUAAGGGAAAAUAUGUGAAUGGACUUCGUUGUUAUGUGUGUUCUGAUGAAGAUGAGGGUGAGUUGCCGUGUAUAAAUUUUGAUUCAGAAAAACAAAAAUUUAUCCAACAAUGUAGCAGUAUUCAUCAUACUUGUUACCUGAAGAUUGAAGGUGAUAGAAGGACAAGAUCGUGCGAAACAUAUAAAAUUAAUGACUGCAAAGAAGCUAAUGGGGUAGAAUACUGUUUCUGUCCCACCGAUCUUUGUAACGAAAAAAGUCAAAAGUUUCCAGAUAUUACAGAUGACGAAGAUUUAAUUGAAGGCAGUGGAACGAAAAUGGUAUUUGACGUUUCAAAAGAAAAGGAAGUUGAAAUAAAACCCAAACAGAAUGCUACAAUUAUCACUUAUGUACAUUCUAAGGGGUUUGAAGUCGAAGCUAGUCAAUAUUUUGCCUUUUUCAUCGCUAUAUUAAUUAUUUUAUAUUGAAACAGGCAAAAUUAAAAAUGGUUACCACGAACGGAUACUUAUACUUUUUUCAUUCCCAACUUUUAAUAUUUAAAAAAUAUGUAGUGCAAAUUUAUAUGUGGCUUCCUUUCCAAGUAGUACGAGAUUUCCUAUGGAUAUUAAUUAAGCGUUGAGCUAUGAAUAUCUAUAAUUGAUUGAAAAAACUUGUAAUUACUAAUUAAUCUACCAGUAUUACAGAAAUUGUGCAUUUAAAAAUUGUUGAUAUUUUUAUACAUUGUUUUAUUGCUGUGUAAAAGUCACUAUUUUUUAGAUUUCAUAUAAUAUAAUAUGUACUUCGUGCUCAGCAGCCUAAUAUUUAAUCGUGUAUAUUGAUAGACUUUCCAAGACACUAUUGAUAAUUGAUAAUUAUUGUACAUUGUUUUUAUAGUGAACCAAAAUUAUGGAAAGACUUGUAAUUAUGUGACUGAUUUUUAUAUUGUAUAAUUUGUUAUUACGUAUUAUACGGGUUUUCGAAAUGAUUACGGGGGCUUUUACGCGUUAAAAGAUUUAUUACAUUUAUGAAUAUGCAUUAGACGAAAGAGCAACUCAAACAGUUUUCCAUAUCACAAAUAUUCAAUGUGAACACAUCACAUAGUCACGUAAAAACGAUAGAUAAAUUAGCCAGAGUCUCUCGAGUAAUUUUUGCAACAGCUACUUCAAUCAUGUCUUUUAACUGAGGAAAGUCAGCUGGUAGUCGAGACAUAUACACACGAUCCUUUAGGGUCCCAAACGUAAUAACCACAAGGCGUCAGAUAGGGUGAACUUGGGGGCCAUGGAAAACUAACCCUAUUAUUAGGUCCAUGCAGCGAUCAGGUAGUGAUGCUCUGGCAAUUGCGUACUUGUUUAUGUUUGGAAAAUAAGAACAAGAAAAUUUUAUUAACAAGAUAGUGCACACUCUAUCUUGUUAAUAAAGUUUUUUUAUUCUUAUUUUUCCAACUAAGAUAAUAACCUAGUUGUGGAGUAUCAAGAUAAAAAGUAUUGGUUACAGUUGCUUCACCAAAGAAAAUACCACAUAAUUUUAUCGCCGGCAUAUGACACAAAAAUAUUCAAUCUAGGAAUCUCUUUGCAUUUGGAUAAUCGCAUUAUGAUCUUUGGAGCCCCAGAUUCGCAUAUUAUGGGUGUUCACAUGUCCACUAAGGUCAAAGUUAGAUUCUUCACUGAAGAUGACAUUGUUGAAGAAAUUUUUAUCGUCAUGUAGUAAUAUUUCGUUAGAGAACCAUAGUCUGAUAACAUUAGAGUCUGUAACAAGUGCAAACGGUUAGGAUGCAGUUGUCAAAAUCUCCCAACAGUUGUUACAGGAAUUGUUAAUUCACGACUACCCUUUCGUAUGGAUUACGCGUGAAGGACGAACGUAAUACGGAACGCACCAUGUACUCCAAUUUCCGUCUUUGUAAACUUCAAAACAUGAAAAGCUCUCUUUUGUCGUCAUAUUUGCUACAAGCGCUUCUUAACGGAUGCCAACGGAAACAAUACGCGCACAUGCUUAUUGGUGCCAUCAAAACUGAGUAGCUCUUUCGUUUAAUGAUCAUUUAUAACUGAAGUUCCACGUUAUUGAUAUUAUAAAGCGUAAAAACCUGGCUAUUCAUUUUGCAAUAUAAGUACGGUAAAAAAAAAUAUAUGUACAGUGCUCAUAUGAGACCCAAACGCUCGAUUCUUAUUGUUGAAUUAAAAGGCCGAAUAGUGUGGUGCUAGAUUUUCCAAAUGGUUGAAUCUGAUGAAUUUAUUUUUUAUCUACGGUGUAUUCAAGUAUAGAAUUUAUCCU